AUGCGCUCCCUUCCCCAGUUCGACGGGGAUGUGUCGGGACCCAGCUUCUUGUGGACGGAGGACGAGCUCGAAUGGCUCCAGGGCAGCGAUGGCUAUGGGGCGGCCGCAGCCAUGUACAACACCAUUGUGGACGAGUAUGUGACGCUGAAUGAGUCGCUCUUCCAGGAGCACUCGGAGAAGUUUCCUUCCAGUGUGUUCACCUUCGACCACUUUCUCUGGGGUGCGGCCACCGUGGCUUCACGAGCCUAUGGCGAUGAUGCGGAAGGCAGGAACCACCGCGCCGGCGCCCUGCAGCUGACGCGAUUUGGUAACGGCAUCGUUGCUUACGCCCACAAGCACUACGACGUGGGGGAGCAAGUCUGGGUAAGCUACGGCGGGAAGAGCAAUGCCGAGUUGCUGUCGCAGCACCUUAACUUCUUGAAGAUGGUCCAAGGCCAAGACUCUAAGAUUCAUGCUGCGAGGCUUUCUGAGCCUACAGGGUUCUGA